AUGAGAAUCAGUCACAAAUUGGAACAAAGUCACAAGGAAAAUGACAUUCCAACGUUUUCUUUUGAGUUUUUCGUUCCUAAAACUAGUCAAGGUGUUCAAAAUCUUUAUGAUCGUAUGGAUAGAAUGUAUAAUGUGAAUCCACAAUUCAUCGAUGUCACUUGGAACGCUGGUGGGAGACUUUCCAACUUAACCACUGAUAUUGUUCAAACAGCCCAAUCUGUUCUUGGUUUAGAAACAUGUAUGCAUUUGACUUGUACCAAUAUGCCUGUUGAUUUAAUUGACAAGGCUUUAAAAGAAGCUUAUGAUUCAGGUUGUCAAAACAUUUUGGCACUUAGAGGAGAUCCACCUGUGGAGGGAGGUGAAUGGACCGCUGUGGAAGGAGGAUUCCAACAUGCCAAAGAUCUUGUUAAAUACAUCAGAAACAAGUACGGGAACCAUUUUGACAUUGGAGUUGCCGCAUACCCAGAAGGACAUCCUGAAGAAACCGAUAUUGAUUUGUUGAUUGGAUUCCUCAAAGAAAAGAUCGAUGCAGGGGCUGAUUUUAUCAUUACACAAAUGUUUUACGAUGCUGAGAAUUUCAUUGAAUGGUGUCAAAAAUUAAGAGAUCAAGACAUUAAUGUUCCAAUUAUUCCAGGUAUUAUGCCUAUUAGUACAUAUGCUUCAUUCAAGAGAAGAUCAACUUGGUGUGAAAUUAAAGUUCCUGAAGAAUUUGAAAAUAAAUUAUUAGCAAAUAAAGAUGAUGAUCAAUUAGUUAGAAAAAUUGGUACUGAAUUAGUUGCAGAAAUGUGUUCAAAAUUAAUUAAUUCUGGAUUUGUUAAACAUUUACAUUUUUAUACAAUGAAUUUAGAAAAAUCUUCAAUUAUGGUUUUAGAAAAAUUAGGUCUUAUUAAUUCAAAUGAACAAACUCAAAAUAAUACCGAGGCAUUACCUUGGAGAAAAUCUUUAAAUCCAAAUAGAAAUAGUGAAACUGUUAGACCAAUUUUUUGGAAAAAUAGAAAAUAUAGUUAUAUUACAAGAACUCAAGAUUGGGAUGAAUUUCCAAAUGGUAGAUGGGGUGAUCCAAAUUCUGCAGCUUUUGGUGAUGUUGAAUUAUUUACUUCAGGUUUAUUACGUCAAUCAUCAAAAAGAUGUAUUGAAUUAUGGGGGGAACCAAAAAAUUUCAAAGAUGUUUCUCAAUUAGUUGUUAAAUAUUUACAAGGUGAAGUUAAUAGUUUACCAUGGUCUGAUACUCCAAUUACUGCAGAAAUUGAUUCAAUUAAAAAUGAAUUGAUUGAAAUUAAUCAAAAUGGUAUUUUAACUAUUAAUUCUCAACCAAGAGUUAAUGGUGAACCUUCAAAUCAUCCUGCAUUUGGUUGGGGUCCAAAAGAUGGAUUUGUUUAUCAAAAACAAUAUUUAGAAUUUUUAAUGCCAAAAUCAAAAAUUUUAAAAUUAAUUUCCAAGAUUGAAUUAAUUAAUAAACCAUUUAAUUUAUCAACAAAUCAAAAAGAUAAUUUUAAUUAUUUAACAUAUUUUGCAAUUGAUUUUAAUGAUGAUUUAAUAACAAAUUCAAAAGAUGAUUCUGCAAAUGCAGUUACUUGGGGUAUUUUCCCAGGUCAAGAAGUUUUACAGCCAACAAUUGUGGAAAAAGUUUCAUUUUUAGCUUGGAAAGAUGAAGUUUUCAGAAUUGCUGAAGAAUGGAGUGGAAUUUUUGAAGAUGGUAGUGAUUCUAAAAAUACUAUAAAAACAAUUAUUAAUGAUUAUGCUUUAGUUAAUAUUGUUGAUAAUGAUUAUGUUGGAGAAUCAAAAAUAUUUGAUUUAUUAAAACAAUUAUGA